GGCUUCUGACCCCCGUAUAAAAUCCCCAAAUUCACGUUCACGCCUCGUCGCUUCUCUCGCCUGCUGCCGCCGCUGCACUGCUCUCGAUCCUCCUCCGCCUGAAUUCCGGUGAUUGAGCAAGGGAUUUGAGGGUAUCGAAACGGUCAUCCAAGAUGCAGAACGAGGAGGGUCAAAACAUGGAUCUUUACAUCCCCAGGAAGUGCUCUGCCACAAAUAGGCUCAUUACUUCUAAGGAUCAUGCCUCCGUGCAGAUCAACGUCGGGCACUUGGGCCCUGAUGGAGUCUACACUAACCAGUUCACCACAUUCGCCCUCUGCGGUUUCAUCCGAGCACAGGGUGAUGCUGAUAGUGCCAUUGAUAGGCUCUGGCAAAAGAAGAGGGCUGAAAUUCGACAAUAAACCAUUUUGUAGUGGGUUUUUGAAUUGGCUGGCUCUUUUUGCCAUGAAAUAUAGUGGUCGCAAGUACAUUUGUUUCUUAGUGGCUUUACUUUAGGCGAAUUUACAUUUGCUCUUGUUCUUAACCUGCCUCUACCUUUGCUUAGUAAGCUGUUUUCUUUUGCGUAUUGAAAAUCCGAUGAACUUUUAUUAGUAGUUUAAUGGAUGUGUUUUGCAACUCGGAUUCUUUAAGAACCACAACUUGUAGUACUUGAACUCAAGUAUGUGGUCUUUGCACAUC